CAGGCUGAGUGUCCACCUAUUCAAAUGGAACCAGUCGACCUGUCCGUCAACAAAAGCCGAUCGACGUCAUCUUCGCCAACUUUGUCGGUGUCUCCUGGGUUUGGACGUCGACUGCUUUCACCAGCAUCGCCAGCAGACAGUCCAAGUCUCAUUGAUCUUAGGAUAAAUAAAGGAGAAACCAUUUCCUGUGACGACCACUCACUAGUUACCAUGGAAACUAUCAACAGAUCAAGAUUAUUGUCACUUCAGAGGAUAAAAGAAGCGUCUAUAGCAUUGACAAAUCACCUACCAAAAAGAUCAACUGUAACAGAGCCCUCUGGAGUAAAUGGAAUUCUACAAAAUGGGAUCUUAGCACACAGCCGGACAUCACACCCAGCGGUGACACCUAUGCAUGUGACUGUGUCUUCACUAUUAAGUUCAGUGAACAGCAGCACUUUUGUGAACGGGUCUUCGGCCUUGGCCCUUUCUCAGACAGACAUGUAUUCUGAAAGUCUUCGGAGGCGGAAAGUUCACAAAUGUGACUUUGAAGGAUGUGAAAAAGUUUAUACUAAAAGUUCUCACUUGAAGGCGCACAAGAGAACACAUACAGGUAAGAACCUUUAUACAUUGAAACUACCAAAUUAUCUUGUCUUCAGCUAUUUUCAUCAUCAUAUACCUGGACUA